AUUAUAUGUCACAGAGCAUGAGCGCCAGAAGAAGACGUGUGAGCGUUCUACGACACGUGGAUUGCCGGGCACAGCGCAGGCAAGAAGGCUGGUACCAUACGAAGCAUCCGCUUUGCAGGUGCAAGUAAGUUUCAUCAUCGUCGCGAAAGGGCCGCGUCAGCCGUUUGGGUGAAAGACCAACCACCGACCUUUGGUGAUUCGGUGGAGCGCUUUCGUCCUUUUUUGAUUUUAGGCGCCUUGAUAUAUGUCGCGUGCCUCAGCCGCAGAGUUAGGGCACUCGAGCAAAACAAGCUGACAAGGGCGAAACCGAUGCGGCGGAGGUCGACACCCCUAUAGCACUACUCGCCCCAAAAUCACAUCUCGGCGCGCAAGUUGUAUGCGUGGAGUGCGUAGAAAUAUAUACCAACUUAAAUUUACAGAAGGAGUAAGACACGCAACAAUACUAGGUAUUAUUUGGCGCAAGCGGGGACAAGAAUCCCAGUGUGUUCGCAGUUGGCUCUCCCUGACGUUUGGUCACGCGCGCGAAGCGCGCGGACUCCUGUCAUUGCUUCGCUAGACAUGACCGCGGACGCAAGCACGACGGCUGGGCAAGAAGCCGGCUCGCUUGAGGCAGGGUUGCGAAACGCUGGGUCGCCUGGCAAGUCGCCCAAGGCCAAGACGCUGUUCCAUGGCCUCCUCAGCAAGCUUAGCCGGUCAUCCUCUAGAAGCGGUGACUCACGAGGAAGCAGCCGGCCGUGCUCAUUCGAUGACCGCGACGAGUCCCGCUCGCCAGCGCCGGUAGGCCCUGAGACAGGAAUGGCUUCCGGUGGGAAGAUGCCGGGUACGCAUGACGAUGCGCCCAGGCGACGGGGAUACAGUCUCGACGUCCGAAGCAGCGAGCGCCCAAGCUCUGGUCGCAGCUCUCGGCUUUUCCAGGCGUUGGCUGGCUUUUCCAGCCUGAAGCCAGUAAAUCGGCUGGCCGAAGUGAGCAGCGAGCCGUGCUCGGCUCCGGAGGGCGAGCGGCAUGUGGCCGACUGCUCAUGCGGUCGCGGCGAAGUGGCGGUUAUUUCCAUGGCGAUCUCCGCGCCUUCAACCCGUGGGUGCAGCAGUGAGGCAUUGCCAGACUGCCAAAAGCCCACCGGGCCCGGGCACGCCGUGACGCCGUUCGCUGCCGGCGCAACGGUUGUCCUCGACUCGGCCUCCGACACCGGGGUCACAAGCGCACCGGUCAGUCACGCGAUCGGCAACGGCUGCGACGUGAGCAUCCCUGCAGCGCUUGAUACCGCCUCUGCCGCCAGCUGGCACACAUCACUGACCAGCACGCGGCCGCAGCCCGCCAUCGCCGCGCCGCUGUCCGCUUCCAUUCCCUCCGCUGCGCCCAGUGCACACACAGUGAGUGACGCCGUUGCUGCGGCCGGCGCCGCCCAAGCAACAGCCGCUGCCGUGACAGUGGCAGCCGCCGCGGCGGCGCUGGGUCAGCGCGCUCCCGGCGCCAACCGGAGCGCCGCUGCGCGCGGCGGCCUGCCCAAUACGCCGCAUUCGCCUCCCGAGACCUGCCGCGCCUCUCCUGCGUCGUCCUGCGGAGUCCCCGGCCACACCUCCGCAGCGGCGGUGACGGCGGCAUCCGCCGCCGCCGCUGCUGCCGCCAGCAGCUCCGCUGGCGGGCCUCAUGCCCGCUCCGCCGCCCCGCCUGCAGCUGCACCUCCCCUGAUGGUGCCGCACCAGCUGCCGUCCGCAUUCGCGGCGCACAACAGCGCCGCCGCGGCCGCCGCCGCGGCAGCGACAACGGCGCCGGAGGCGCCUGCACCCGCGGCGCCAGCCCCGCCGCUUCCGGUGACGCGACUGCUUGCGGUGAACCCGGGUGCGCCGGAGGCAAUGCGGCGGCCGGUGUGGUGUCUGGAGGACUACGACGUGCACCGGCGCCUGUUCAAGAGCGCCACGUCCUCCGUGUAUGCGGGCACGUGCCUGCACAGCGGACUGCCGGUCGCGCUCAAGGUGUACUGGUUGGAUAGGGUGCCUGCCAAUGUCCUGCACAUGCUGAGGCGCGAGAUCCGGAUCCAGUCCAACAUUGUGCACAAGAACGUAGUCAUGCUGUACGCAGCCUUCAGCGAGCCGGCCGCCCAGCGGCUGGUGCUGGUGGAGGAGUUCGCAGCCAACGGCGACCUGCACGCCGUGCACAAGGCGCUGGGCUGCCGCAUGACGGAGCAGCAGGCACGUGCGCUGGUGCUGCGGCCGCUGCUGGAGGCGGUGUCGCACCUGCACACCCUGGGCUGCGUGCACCGCGACAUCAAACCCGACAACAUCAUGUUCACUGCCGACUGGCGCCUGCUGCUGGGCGACUUCGGCAUCGCCAUCGACAUCGCGCGGGAGCGAGCCGUCACGCGCGCAGGCACCGUGGGCUACAUGGCCCCCGAGGUGGAGCGCUGCCCCAUCAAGGACCGGCCCGAGGACAACAAGGACGACUCGGCGCUCGCCUACUCCACCGCCGCGGACGUGUUCGGCGUGGGCUGCCUUGCCUACACGCUGCUGCUGGGCUUCCCGCCCUUCAUCGCCGGCAGCAAGGCCACGCCCGGCCGCUCCAAGGCCCUGUCCUUUCCCGCCUCCACCUCGCCCGAGGCGCGCGAGUUCAUCUGCGCCGCGCUGGCGGAGGAGGCGGGCGACCGGCCCACAGCGCUGCAGCUGCUGGGCAGUCCCUGGAUGGCCUCGCCGCGGUGAGGUGAGGGAUGGGGCGUGAGGGGGGUGGAUUCAUGGGUUGGGGCCACGGUGGGUGGUGAGAUGUGGGUUGUUUCUACCAUUUCCCAUCAAGUAUCCAGAGACAUGAGGAUGCAUAAGUAUGUACAUGCGAGGAGUUUGGAGGGAUGGGCGGGUACGGCGGCGUGCGUAUUCGCAAACGGGUAUCGAUACUUAUCCUGUUCGGAGGUGUGAUGGUGGGCCACGCCACAGCGUGGUGAAGUGAGUUAGCGGCACGGCGCGCGUCGUGUAGACGUGCGCAAACAUAUUUAUGGCUAUAUGCACCACGAUGACAAGCAAGCAUGGCUGGCGAGCUGUGGCAUUGUGCAAGGCAUAUGCCCACUCUUAAAAGCAAUCGAAGUGCUGGUGGGUGAGAUUUGGGUGACGCGAAGGCGUUGGAUGGGUGCCUGUGUUUUCUUGCCGUUCCCUAUUGCAUCAUGGGCCCUAUUUAGCUUCGUGCCUUGUUGAUUGCACUUUCACAUGGAAAUGACGACUCCAGACUGGCAUUGCUUGAAUUGUUGGUUCCAAGUUACGACCUUGACAGCGCCACCGGUACACAAGGCCCUGCACAACGGCACUGCGGUACAUAGUGCUUUCGCGGUUAGGCAUCGGUUUAUGUCCGUGACAUUUAUGCAGCAACAUGUUGACGUAGCUUCCGCUCUUUCGUGAUGUGGGUUACUAUUAGUACAAGCACGGACGCGGCUCCCGCAGUCGAAGCUUGCGCAGGGUACGUUUUGGGUCAGAGCAGCUGAGAACUGUUUGUUUCGGGGAAGGCCCGGAGCCACCUAGCGGGCGGAGACGCAAGCACUUUGCUGGCGCCAUCCCUGGGUUGUGCUCAGUACGGUGCAUGCCCUUGACAAAUGUUCAGAAAGGUUGUACUGCUAAAGCGCACCGGGAAGUAAGUAGCGUGCCGCGGCCAAGUAAGAUGGCAGCAUGGGGUGUGCUGGGGAGGUCAGCGCAGCGCCGUUCAUUUCGGGGCAUGGCGCGUGGCCACUUGCUCGCACCACCUGAUUCUGUCCUGCCUUCCGUGGCUGCUGUGUUUGAGCUGCAUGCAUUGUGCGCUGUUGUUCGGGGUUUGCAACUUGGAGUCGUUUGCUAUAUGGGCUGGAGCGCGCCGGACAUUGUUGUGCAUUUGUUUGUAGAGUUUUGUGGUAUUUUGCUUGGACAAAGGCGACCUGUGUGAUCGCAUCUCAACAAAGGAUUCGGGGGACUACGGGAUUUGGGGAAUGGUAAAGAAUGGGGCGCUCAUCUGUUGGGUCCUACUAGUGCAUGUGCAGUGGCGGUGAUGAUGGUUGAUUGUCAUUACCCGGAAGGGGGUUCGGGGUGGCGGCGCUGUGUUCUGUCAGCUGACCAGCAGGCAUGAGACGUACAUGGACUGGACCAGACCAGACCCGAUGCGACCAGGCCUGCGGCUCCGCAGGUUAGCUGUGCCGUACAGAUGAACUAUGUGAGUAGGCCCGUGCUGGAAGGGGUGAUCUCAGGGGCAAGAUGGUCGUUACAGCCAGCGUUUGCAGGCUUUGCGACACCGGGGUACAAGCACACAUGUAUGUUGCUCGCCCUUGACUUUGGCUUUGGCAGCAAGUCGCAGCAAGCCAGGGGCGGCUUGUGGAUAUGUGUACAGGGAGCCGUGCAUGGUGUUGGGCGCAUCAUUGCUCGGGGCUUGAAGUACGGUAUCUGAGGCAUUGUUGCGAGAUUGCGUACAGACCGGCCAGAGGCCCGUCAAGUCUGGGCAGGCAUGGUUGAUGGUGGGUACAAGGUAGUAGCAUGAGUCUUCGGUGCGUGAUAGCAUUUUUGGCCGAGCGGCCCAGGCUCGCGUGGCCGCCUUGCCACGGUGGGGGCUCUGUCAGGCAGCAGGUGCCAGGGUUGCCCCUGAGCUCCACAGCCCGCCGCCAGGUGGGUGCACGUGUACGCACACGCGGUGUGCAGGGGCUGUGCCGGAGGGCACGGCUGUUGACAGCAGGCAUGGCGGCAAGGGUGGCGCUGCGGUUGUGCUGGUUCUCGGGGCGCUCAGAUGCGCGGCAGUCAUAUAACUUUAGAGGGGGUUUAGGUUAUAGUAUUAUUGUCAGCCCCUGCAACGGGGCCGCAGAUUCUUGAGCAGGAACUGGGAAGGGAGGGUUUCGGCCAUGGCUCAGGUGCAACUAGUUGAGGCCGUAUGGUAACGGGCAGGAGGACGUUUGGCAGCUGUGAUGCCUGUGGUUGGGCUGAAGUGUACCUAACACGUGCUGUCAGAGAGCAUGGGCGCACAAUAUUCGAACCUCGCAGAGAUAGGAAUGGCAACUAGGCGAGAGCGCGGAUGGCGGUGUGUGCGCGACCCCCUGAUGGGCCCGUAAACGGUUGCCUGCCGUCCGUUACGCCCGCUGUCACGCUGCCGCAUAUGCGUGUACCUCAGAAAUGUUGUUCUUGAUAAUAUAAUCGAUUCCUAGCAUCCAUUGGUAGCAUCCGUGAGCGUGUUGUUGGAGUGACGGCGCCGCAUACGUGGGCUGGCGUCCUCGUGACACGCAACCCCCUCGAGCUUCAUCUUUAUCAUUCUCGCUGCACUUUGUGUUUGUUUUGCCUACCAGCUGAUUUACGCGCUACAAGUUUUGAACGACGUUUGUUGUCUGCUUGAAUGGGCUUUCACGGUGGACUUGCCGCAUUGCUUGCCGUGUGCUUGUACGAACAUGAGGAGCAAACACAGCUCUGCUCACCGAAGAUAGCGUAUUGCCGCUGCGAGCUGCGGCAUGUGACUGUGUGAGUAUCGGUGUUGGCGGUGGUGCGCGGCUGUUGCCGGCGUGCGCGUUAUGGCCGGAGCGUGGCUGCCAAAUGCUGGUUAGUCAACCGCCGUACCUGCGUACACGGUUGUUCAGAGACCGAUUAAAUACGUGUAAUACAAGAGUCGA